AGGAAAACGUAAAAAGAAAAAAGAAAAAGAAAAAAAAGGACAAAGAUCCCAUUUUGUAAAAUAGACACAGAUUGAAUUUCACUUUUACAUUCCGCGACGUCUCGCGAGAGAGACGAAGAAGGAAAAGACUAAAAUCUAACAAAAUACGAACACAAAACAAACAUUUAAAAAAAUUCACAAAAAUUGAAAAGAAAAAAAGAAAAAGAAAUUUUCCUGUGAUUGGGGUUUGGGUCUUUGGGUCUUUGGUGAGGUUUUUCAAAGGGAAAACUUUCCAUCAAAACCCUUCCCCCUCUUUAUUAUUAUUAUUAUUAUUGUUCUUUUCAUUGUCGUCAUCAUUAUAGCAAACAGUUCCUCUUCAAUGUCGAUGUAUUGAAUAAUUCUCGACAUAACGACGUCGUUUUGAUCUUACAGUUUCUCUCUCUCCUUUUUUUUUGGGGUUUGAUUAAUCGGCUGAGUCGAGCUACACUGAAUUGGUCCAGUUUCCCUUCUUCACCAUUCUCUCUCAUUUCAUAUUUUUAUGAAAUUGCUUUUAUAAUUUUUGUUAUCACCCCUACAUUAGAUAAUUAUAAUGAUCACGGGCGAUCUUACGCUCCGUUCUUUGCCCACCGAAAACGGCGUUUUGAGAGAAGAGGAGGAGGAGGAGGAGGAUCAGCUGUGUUCAGGCCCAGGACAAAUACCGGCGUCAUCGCCGGAUCCUGCGUUGAUUUCGGAAGAAAAUUGGGAGAGAGCAGAACAAGCAACCCUGCAGAUUGUUUAUAGAAUUCAUCCAACGGUUGAAGCUGAUUGCAACAGGAAACAUGUUGUAGAAUAUGUCCAGUCUCUCAUUCAAUCCUCCCUUGGAUUUCAGGUUUUUCCAUAUGGGUCAGUUCCAUUAAAGACAUACCUUCCAGAUGGAGAUAUUGAUUUGACUGCCAUUAUCAAUCCAGCUGGGGUAGAUGCAUCAGUCUCUGAUGUUCAUGCUGUUCUGAGGCGAGAAGAGCAGAAUAGGGAUGCUCCAUAUAAAGUGAAGGAUGUCCACUUCAUUGAUGCUGAGGUUAAGCUUAUAAAAUGCAUUGUACAUGAUAUUGUAGUAGAUAUAUCCUUCAAUCAACUAGGUGGACUUUCUACCCUAUGUUUUCUUGAGCAGGUUGAUCAACUUAUUGGCAAAAGCCAUCUUUUUAAACGAAGCAUCAUACUGAUAAAAGCUUGGUGCUAUUAUGAGAGUCGCAUUCUUGGUGCCCAUCAUGGGUUAAUCUCAACAUAUGCUUUGGAAACUCUUAUUUUGUAUAUCUUCCAUCUAUUUCACUCUUCGUUGAAUGGACCUUUGAUGGUUCUAUAUAGAUUUCUGGAUUACUUCAGCAAGUUUGAUUGGGACAAUUACUGUAUCAGUUUAAAUGGACCAGUCUGCAAGUCUUCUCUGCCCAAAAUUGUUGCUGAGCCACCUGAAACUGGGAGGGGUAACUUGCUUCUUGAUGAUGAAUUUCUUAGAAACUCUGUGAAAAUGCUCUCAGUGCCAUCAAGGAGUCCUGAGAUGAAUUCACGACCAUUUACCCAGAAGCAUCUUAACAUAGUUGAUCCUCUGAGAGAAAAUAACAACCUUGGCCGCAGUGUCAACAGAGGUAACUUCUAUCGAAUACGAAGUGCAUUCAAAUAUGGAGCUCGUAAGCUUGGCCAUAUUCUUUCAUUACAAAGUGACAGAAUGAUCAACGAACUCGACAAAUUCUUUGCAAAUACUUUGGAUAGGCAUGGAAGCAACUCUUUGACUCAUGUGAAAAGCUCAUGCUUAGUAUCUCCUACUGGAAAUUUUGACAAUUUAUCAUCGUCGUCACUUUCUGAUACAAGCUCUGAAGAUAGCAUAGUUCAGAAAUCAACUGCUGGUUGUAGUGUUAGACCUUUUGAGACCUCAUGUUCGGGAAAUUCUCAUAAUGCUUCUCAUUUUUAUUUGUCAAGCUUGCAUGGAGAAGAUGGAAAGUUUGAAAGUGGAAUCUCUGAUGGGACAACACUGGCAAAUUUUGUUAUUGAUGGUCAAAUUAGCUGCACAGAAUGGUCAGAAUCCAAAGAGAACCAUUUUGUGAUCAACAAUUCAGCCUGUUCAUGUAGUAAUCAUGAAGGUAAGACUUCUCUUUGUUCAACAAUUCCAUCUCUUGUCAAUAACAUCUCCGAGAACCUAGCCCCUACUACUGCAGAAAGAGACUUUGCUAGCAUUUCUCAGAUUCCUCGAUCUUUCAAAUCUCUAUUGGACCUUACUGGAGAUUAUGACAGCCACUUAAAGAGUGUGAAAUUUGGUCAAGGUUGCUGUUUCUUUGCUGUAUCUGCUCCUGUACUACCCUGUUCACCAACGGCACCUCAUUCUAAGAAUAAGAAUCCUUGGGAAACUGUACGUCAGUCCCUACAGUUGAAGCGGAAUGUUCAUUCCCAAAUUAACACAAAUGGUAUUUUCGGGCACCAGCAGCACUUCUUGAACCAUCUAGUGCCAUUUACCACAGCUUUCAGUUCUGAAGAAAAGAGAAAACAACGAGGAACAGGAACAUACAUUCCCAACAUGAGUUAUCAUUCAAAUAGAGAGAGGCCAUCUUCAGAAAGACGAAAGAAUCAUGUCACAGCAAAUAAUGGUGAUUUGCAUAGACGUACUCGUGAUAAUGGUUUGGCUGCAACUCGGCCAGGGAUAAAUUCUUAUCAACAUGGCCAUGAGCUUUCCGAGGCAGAAUACCCAUAUCUGGGGAAUGGAAAGCCUGUGCCUUCAGAGGUUCAGCUAUCUCAAUCAUUUGUUUGGGGUCCUUCCAGUGCCAAUGGCUUCUCUCGGCCAUCAGAGAGAAUUGACUUUGGGGGUCAGGAACUUCAACUGCAAGAAGCAUCCUUGCAGGAAAGGGUUCCUACUCAGGAUUCUAGCACUUCAUCUACUUUGGUCUUUCCUUCAAGCCCUGAGGUAACGGCAGCAGAGAGGCGUGAACCAGUUUUACAAAAUGUCCAAGAAAGAGCUGCAUCAGAAUCGUAUCAUCUGAAGGAUGAAGUUGAUUUUCCUCCUCUGUCCCAUGGAAGGGCGAUUGAAACUUAAGACUUAGAGAAGUCAUUGAGCACAAGUUUAGAUGCUAACAACUAUGAAGAUCUAGGAAGACUUACAUUUUUGUUGUCUCCUCCUUUUGCCUGGAGUUUGUCGUGGUUAAUGAUAUAGAGAAGUGCUUGAUGUAAAUCCUCUGGUCCAUCUACUUCUCGGCGUGUGAAUUCGCCAUCAUUAACUGGGUGUAUGUAGCAGCUGUUGUUUGCUUAGAUUUUACUUUCCGUUGAAAGGCUUGUAGUAUAUGCAAAAUAGUCUAAUUGACAAAUUUGUGCAGAUCCCUUUUUCGUUAAAUAUACAAAUGCUUAGUUGUAGAAUUUUGAGUGCAAAUCUGUGCCUCCAUUAGAGUUGUCCCACCCACUCCCUCUUGGUGAAAAUUUGAUCUUUCAGCUGGGAUGGAUUAUCGGGGAUCACACUUUUGAUGUUAAUUGUUUGAAUGGUUUGUUUUAAAUUCAAUUUUUUUAUUUUGUAUC